GUGACAACAGACUGCAGAGCUUUGAAAGAGAAAUACGACUCAUUUUCCACCAAGGAAUAUUUGAUUAAAGAAGGAAAAUUAAGUAGAGGAGCCAUUGACAUGAUUGGUGACGUGCUGAAUAUGGAUGGUAGUUUCCAUCUGUCUUUUCUGGACUCUCUCAUGGCCGAUACUGCAUUCAAAGAAGGAUUUGAUGAGAUCACGGGGGGAUUCGAUCAGCUCCCAGAGGCCUUCUACAAGUCUAUGCAUAGGGAUAUUCAAUUUCAGUCCACAGUGGCGAAGAUACUACACGACAAUGAAAAAGUGAGAGUGUUUUAUCACAGGCCACUCACACGGCUCCUCUCCUCAGUGACGGCCGACUACGUCCUUGUCGCAACCACAGCAAAAGCCGUACGGCUCAUUAAAUUUUCUCCACCUCUUUCCUCCAACAAGACCCAUGCCCUGCGCUCCCUCCACUACUCACAGGCUGUGAAGAUUUUUUUGGCCUGCAGGGAAAAGUUUUGGGAGAAGGAUGGAAUCUAUAAUGGGAGGUCAAUCACUGAUCGCCCAUCCAGAUUCAUCUACUACCCCGGCCACAACUUCUCCAGUGGAGUGGGGGUGAUCCUGGCUUCCUACACUUGGGAUAAUGAUGCUGAAUUCUUCAUUCCCCUUAGUGAUGAAAAGUGCGUCGAUCUGGUACAGGAGGACCUGGCAGAAAUCCACCAACUGCCCAAGACUUAUAUCCGGAACGUCUGUGAUAAACAUGUGAUCAAGAAAUGGGGCCUGGACAAAUAUGCGAUGGGAGCAUAUGUUUCAUUAACCCCGUAUCAGUUAGUCGACUACUCCAAAGCUUUGUUUCAGAACGAAGGGAGGGUCUAUUUCGCAGGAGAAUACACCGCUCACCCUCACGCCUGGAUCGAGACGGCUAUGAAAGCUGCCAUGAGAGCAGCCAGGAGCAUCCAUGGUGCUGUCAAUGCAUCACCCAGUGGCAACAGAAAGAGCUGAAGGAAAAUGAAAUGUAAUGGAUUUAUGAGUAUUUGGUGGCGGUACAAACCCACGGGGAUUCU